GCACCUCUGAAUACUCCAGUGACAGAGGAUGUUUUCAACAUUUUGACAAAAAAACACAGAAUCCCUGUCCCCAUAUUACCAGGCCUGCCCAUGAGGAAUCAUGGUAACUACAUUGUCAGGCUGGGAAACUUUGUGCGUUGGCUGGGGGAGCAGGCRGAGGAGCUCGGAGUGGAACUUUAUCCUGGUUAUGCUGCUGCUGAGGUUUUGUUCCACGAGGAUGGAAGUGUAAAAGGUAUCGCCACUAAUGAUGUCGGCAUCGCCAAGGACGGCUCCCCGAAGGAUGUUUUUGAGCGAGGAAUGGAGCUUCACGCUAAAGUGACAUUAUUUGGAGAAGGCUGCCACGGCCACUUAGCCAAGCAGCUUUAUAAGCAAUUCAACCUGCGUGAGAACUGUGAUCCCCAGACUUAUGCCAUUGGCCUUAAGGAGUUGUGGGUGAUUGAUGAGAAGAAAUGGAGGCCUGGCAGAACGGAGCAUUCUGUGGGCUGGCCCCUGGACAGACACUCGUAUGGAGGAUCUUUCCUGUAUCACCUCAAUGAAGGAGAGCCUCUCGUCGCCUUAGGSUUUGUGGUUGGUCUGGACUACUCAAACCCCUACCUGAAUCCAUUCAAGGAGUUCCAGCGCUGGAAACACCACCCCUUCAUAGCUGCUACACUGGAGGGAGGCCAGAGGAUCGCUUAUGGAGCCAGAGCUUUAAAUGAGGGAGGAUUUCAGUCUAUCCCAAAGCUGACUUUCCCCGGGGGGUUGCUGAUCGGCUGCAGCCCAGGUUUUAUGAACGUGCCGAAGAUCAAAGGGACCCACACGGCUAUGAAGAGUGGCAUUCUGGCUGCUGAGGCCAUCUUCCCYAAAGUUACAGCGAAGGAGCCGAACUCGGAGACAGCAGGUCUCCAUGUGCCUGAGUACAGUGAGAACUUGAAGAAGUCUUGGGUGUGGAAAGAGCUGUACUCUGUGAGGAACAUCAGGCCGUCCUUCCACAACCCCUUCGGUCUGUACGGCGGCAUGAUUUACACUGGGAUUUUCUACUGGAUCUUGCGAGGAAAAGAGCCGUGGACACUCAAACACAGUGGUUUGGAUGCACACCAGCUGAAACCAGCUAAAGACUGUACGCCCAUCGAGUACCCCAAGCCCGACGGCAAGAUUAGCUUUGACCUGCUGUCGUCUGUGGCCCUGAGUGGCACCAACCACGAGGGAGACCAGCCUCCACACCUGACCUUAAAGGACGACAGCGUCCCGGUUGCCAGGAACCUGGCUGUGUAUGAUGGACCUGAGCAGCGCUUCUGCCCCGCAGGUGUCUACGAGUACGUUCCCGUGGAGUCGGGAGAUGGGAUGAGAUUACAGAUUAACGCUCAGAACUGCGUCCACUGCAAGACCUGCGACAUCAAGGACCCGAGCCAGAACAUAAACUGGGUCGUUCCCGAGGGCGGCGGUGGACCUGCUUACAACGGAAUGUGAUAUUUUGUUGAAGGAUUAUAGUGUUUUACAUUCAGGGCAACAGAACUGUUUUCAAACGUGCCUAAAGGUUAUGAUAUUUUUAAGUGCGGUUGAGGGUACAAGAAUUAUCACCCAGUUAAUUUAAAGAAUGUUUUCAGGUUUGAGAUGUGGGACCGGUGUAAAAUGCAGGACCAUGCUGUCAGCUGGGGGCGUUUUAAUUUAUCAAAGUGGCUUCUGUUGUUGUUUUAUUAGGAGGAAUACUUGAUCAACAGCAAUGGUUUAUGUGAAUGUUGUAAAAUUAAACGAGCUGUUUAAAUGUUAACUAACUAUUAAUGGCAGAAAUAAUUUAACAGCUUGUAACAUAAAUAUUGUACAAAGACACAGUAAUUAAUAAAAAAAAAACACUUGA